GAUCACGCCGCGGAAGUUCGGAACUGAAAGUGAAACGCUGCACGAAUGUUUUGGGAAAACAGACGGAUCUUUAGCACGACAAACAGCACAGUUACAUACCUAGUUAUCAUUUUAACAUAAAAGCAACGAUGUCUGAUAUUUCGACCGUAUAUAAGAUAUCUAUCAUCGCAUUUGCAUUGUUUUUUGGUGCUUCCGGUUCUGUAUGUCCGGUUCUGGAGUGCUGGUUUGUUCAGGAGAAACCGGGUCAUGGGGGUUUCUCAGCACCGAUGAGUCAAGAGAAAUCUCUCAUGUUCAUCAGAACUGAAGCCUUCAGUGAAGAGAGCUUGUCUGAGCUUCAUCCUCCUGCAGACAUCAGCUCAUCCAGGAUUUACUAUGUGACCGAUCCCGCUGGUACGUUCUGCAGUGCUGCUCUGAAUCCAGCCAAAGGCUCUGUGAACAAACCCAAGUGUGAGAUUAACCCUUUCACGCCUCACGCCUCUAUGGUCAGAUGGACGUCUGCUCUCACUGACUCCGCCCAAAGCCCAGUCUACCUGCAAGCUGAUUGGUUCUCAGUGGCAGCACAAGGGCUUGACGAGCAGCUGACGCUGUCCAAUAUCAUGAGAGCACCUUCAGCUUCUAAAGAGCCACAAGUGAUCCUGAGUGUGUCCAGUAAGACUCCUGUGGUCCGCUCUAGACUGGGAGAACCAGUUCUGUUGGACUGUGGGUUCUGGGUCGAUCCGUCUUCUCCGGUUCACGGCUCUGGAUUCUCUAUCGAGUGGCGCUAUCAGUUCAGGGGUGAAGGACGGCUGGUCCUCGCUUACGACGGCAAGAACGAUCGGUUUGCAGAGACAUCAGAGACCGGAGCCGAUAUCGACAUCACAGGCCUCUAUGAGACAGGAAACGCAUCACUGGUUCUGGAGGAAUCUCGAGUGAGACACUCAGGAACUUACAUCUGCACGGUUUAUCUUCCUCACCUGCUGGCUCAGGUAGCUGUGGACCUGGAGAUAAUCGAGCCUCCGUCUCUGUCCAUCUACCCGUCUCCUCUUCCUCUGCUGGUUCCUGGGCAGGUGCUGCUGGUUCAGUGCGAGGCGUCUGGUUUUGCUCCUCACACUCUGGAUCUGAGCUGGGAGUUCAGCGGGGCAGACGGGACGUCCCGCUCUCUGGGUCAGGGCAGUGUAACGGGUCACAGACAGGCGUCUGAUGGCACCUUCAGUCAGAGCAGCCGUCUGGAGCUGGACUCGGGGAAGCUGGGACUCGGUCGCGGUGGAGACGUCACCUGUGUGGCCAAACAUGAGGGAGGAACACGACGAGCUGCUGCGACACUCAAUGUGAUCGGUGUCAGUGCUCCUUCUAUUGAGGACUCGAUGGCGAUGGUUGCUGUUGCACUUGUUCUUUACGGCAUGAUGAAGUUUCUUUUCUGGACAUUCAGCUCUUCUGAUUCCAGUGACUCAGAGUUAAAAGACAAGAAGAAGAAGUAAAUCUGGACCUGGACCUGAAAGCUGAGAAACACUGAAAGGAAACCAUGAAUCAGGAAUAUUCAAAAUUCCUUAGAUGUUUAUAUUUGGAAACAAUAACCACUGUAGUGUGUGUGUGUGUGUGUAUAUAUGUGUGUGUGUGUGUGUGUGUGUGUGCAUCUAACUGUGAGUUCACAGUAUAUUUUGUAUGUAUGGAUCAUUGUAUAUUUUUAGAAGAGCCAGGAGGGAGAACAUUAACUCAGAGAACUGAAGCAACAUGUGAUCUGUGAUGUAGAUCAGAUUGUCUGAUCUGGUGAAGGCUGGAGACAAGCUGCUGAGACAGAAUAAAUGUGAUUUUACAUUUU